AUGGUUGGCAUUCCAGUCUACACCUCCUCAUCUUUGGAGGAGAGUCUUGAUCAUGUUAGGCAUUUUGCUGGUCUUCCUGCUGCCUCCAUUCCAGAACCCUACAGAGUGAUUCACCCUUCUGAAUCCUCAAGUUCCUCUGUUGAGGCUACCGCUCAUCCUGAUUCCACCACGUUCAAAAUACGAGAGGUCACUAAUCUCCUUGGUGGUUCAUCUGCUCAUGUGUCUGAUUCUAGUCACUCUGUGUCUCCUGUCCACUCCCCAUCCAAGGAGACAAGAAGGUCGAAAAGAAAGAAUGUUCAUGUGAAGGUUGUGGUUGAAUCUGGUGAGAACACUGCUGAUAUAGAUCAACCAGAGAAGAAAAGGAAGUCUAGUGAGCCUGCAAAACCUGAGACCAAUCCUCCUGUUCAACAAGUGUUUAAGACUCUACGGUCUUCUGUUAAACAAAAGGGCCUUACGGCUGUUCAACCUGCUGCUGUACUACAUCAUCUGCUAGAAAGGGGAAAAUGGUCCACUAUGGUCAGACGAGAUCUUAUUGUUCAACGAUCUGUUGAUAAGAAUCAGCUGAAUUCUGUAUGUGAUAUUCUACCACUGCUGAAUGAAGUAGGACUGCUAAAGACUGUCACAGCAAUCUGCCCAUACUCGAAGCUUCUCACUUAUGAAUUCUACUGUAAUCUCAAUGACGAGAUUGAUCUCUUAACUGGGCCACGACCAAUGCAGAUUUUUAUUCGAGAGAAGUGGUACAUCUUUGGGCCUGACAUGAUCAAUGAAUACUAUGGACUGACUGUUGUGCAAGAAGAGGCAAUUACAGACUGGAACUUGGUGGCCAAGACUCUAACGGGUGGACAGAUUGACACUUGGCCUACGGGUGACAAGGAUUAUCUGCAGAGCUCUCAACUCACAUCCAGAUAUGUUAUUCUGCAUCGUCUGGCUCUUCAUAACUGGCUCCCAUCAGCUCACUUCCACACGGUUGGUAAGCACCUGGCUGGUUUCUUGUACCGAAUUGGAACAAAGAUGCCGAUUGAUCUGGGAAACUGGGUUUACAACCACAUCCUCACCAUGAUCCAUCCACGAGAGCAUAAGGUUAGGCUACCCUUUCCGAAUCUGAUUUAUGGCAUUCUUACAACUCAGGGUCUUGAGCCUAUGCCGAGUGAAGUGAUAAGUCCAACACUGCUCUAUACUGUUGAUCGGCGUCUUUUGACUGGAGAUCACAUUCGAGAUGUUAUACCGGUGACUGCCCCCUCCAAUUCUGAAGCUGAUACUGUGGCUGAUGACUCGCCCCAUGCCAAGGAUCUUCAUCUCUCCAUUCAGUUAAAGGCACGGGUCUCUGAGCUUGAGACAGUUCACGGUAUAAUUGCUAAACAACUGACUGGGGCCCAUACUGAGCUGGCAACCGUUCUUCUUCAUUUAAGCCUAUCUGAAUCUGCUGCUGCUACUGAACCUGCCAGUGACACUCCCUCCAAUGCUUGA